AUGGCGACCGUUGAUAUUCCAAGACAGCAGAAGGCUGCCGUCAAGGUGGGCAGUGGAGAGGAUGCAAAGGCUCCGGUCCAACAAGUCGACGUUCCUUCACCGGGACCAGGAGAAGUCCUGGUCAAAAUCAACUGGACUGGUCUCUGUGCCUCUGACAAGUCACUUAUCCACGAUGAAUGGGCCGCGUUCGGAGUAGCCAUGCAGCCGUCAACCAAGGGCAUCGCAGGCCACGAGGGGGCCGGUGUCGUCGUGGCUGUGGGCGACAACAUGCAUCAUAAGUGGAAAGUGGGCGACCGAGCAGGCAUCAAAUGGGUCUGGAGUGUCUGUGGCGAAUGCGAAUUCUGCACCAACGGCAGCGAUGAGCUUCAUUGCCCCAACCAGAAGAACGCCGGCUUCACUGCCGCGGGGACUUUCCAGCAGUACGCCCUCAGCGACGGGCGCUAUACGACACGUAUCCCCGAGGGAGUCAAGGACGAGGAGGCUGGCCCGAUCAUGUGUGGUGGCGUGACGGCAUAUGUUGCUUGUAAACGAAGCGGCGUUAAGCCAGGACAGUGGAUUGUUCUCCCUGGUGCUGGCGGAGGUCUCGGGCAUUUUGCAGUGCAGUAUGCCAAGGCCAUGGGUAUGCGAGUCAUCGCCAUCGACGGCGGCGACGAGAAGCGCGACCUUUGCAAGAAGCUCGGCGCCGAAGAAUUCAUUGACUUCACCCAGGUCAAAGAUAUCGCGGCCGAAAUCACGAGGAUCACAAAGUACGGCGCUCACGGCGUCAUCGUAACGGCAGCCACCAAACAAGCGUAUGAAUCCGCCCCCGGGUUCCUUCGUCCAGGAGGCACCGUUGUUGCUGUGGGCCUGCCGAAGGACCCAACCGUUGUAGCUGGAGCCCCGCCUCUCAUGCUGUGUCUGAGAAAGCUCAACGUUGUCGGAAGCGUCGUUGGAACGCUCAAGGACGUCGAAGAGGCCCUGGACUUUACUGCACGGGGACUUGUGCAUCCUAUCCUGACGAAAGGCACUUUGGAAGAGUUGGAUAAGUACAUGGAUCUGAUGAUUGCCGGCAAGCUCGCAGGACGAGCUGUGUUGAAAGUCUAG